ACCUCGCUAAGUCGUGUCUCGAGCUUACAAUAGCGUAGAAAAUUCGAUGGUCUAACAAGACGUUCAAGCCACCACCAGGAAACCAACUACCUGAGCUCGGGUCACCACCCAAAAUUGAGACUAAGCCUCGCCUGGAAAACCAUAGCAAAGGACGCUUAGAACGAUUUGGACUGUUGAAUUUGGCUUCUCCACAAGAUCCCGAAUUAGAGGUCUUCCAAGACCGGUUCCGACAUGCCAUCCCGGCGCUAUCAAAAUUGGUGUUGGGUUCCGACAAGACUACCGCAAAGUAUUGGCAUGGUCGAGUGAGCGAUACUACCGAGCUUUUCUCUAACCCUGAAAAGUUUGCCAAGCAAUUCGAUCCAAAGACCCAAGGCGCCCUACUCUGCCUCAUGGACCCCGUAGGCAAGGAUGCGAAAGAAGUUGCCAACGCAACUGCCGACUUUCACCGCAUUGGAGACCUAGUAGCAGGCGUGCCAACCGUACACGCAUCGAAGGCAGCUUUGGAAGCUAUGCCGGAAUGGAAAGAUCAGACAUAUUUCCCCGCCAACAUUGCCCGAAAGGUGAAGUUUAUGCUUGGUGGUACAAAUUACCAAACAAACAUUGCUGCGAAGUUCAAAGAGAUGAAAGUGGACGGAGGUGUCAUGGUCGUUGGUGCGCAUGUUGCCCACCCUGGAGCUGGACCCGCCGAAACGCUACAAACAGUAGAUGGACAGCCGAAGAUAGCACGCCCCUCGAUCGCCGCAGUGGUCGCCAGUGCUAACGACCAACACGUACACUUUCCUGGAUCUAUGCGAUUGCAGAGAACUUUCGACGUUAAAAUGAAGGAGAAAAGCGGAUCAACCUCGCCGAAGAAGAAUGAAAUGAAGGGGGACCUGGAAAUUCUCAGUGAACCCCAGAAAUUAAUCUACACUACUAGAGUGCGAAUCGAUGAACUCAAGGAGAUGAUGAUAGAAAGGGUUGAAGCUUGGUCUAAGAGAACUGGCAAGAAGUCUCUGAAGAGCAUUCUUUUCUUCAGAGACGGACUGACCCGAGAGAUGGGCGACGUCAUGAACCAGGUUGUAGACCAGGAAUGCAAGGCUAUCAAGGAUGCAUUCAAGUCACUCAAUCUUCCAAGUCCCGCGAUCACCUAUGUGGUCUUUACCAAGAAGCUCAAAAUACUCACUCAUCUCGAAUCUUCACCUUUAGGGCUCGUACCGUUCGAAUACACCAGGCCAGUAGCAUCGACCGACGACAAAAUAAUUUCCCGCAAAAACUAUGUCUACACCGUUCUCAAAGAUGAGAUGAAGCUGGGCAAGGCCAACAUGGAAGUUCUCGUGAGUCUAUAACCCCCACUUCCGGCAGCAUCUCGAUGUGAAUAGUAUCACUAACUAUUUUCCAGACUGAAACGCUCAACAUUUCCUCCCAACUCGCCCGCCAAGUCGCCUACGCCCUCCCAGUACAUUACGCCACCAAACUUACCGCCCGCGGCUUUGAGUACAUCCGAACACUCUCGGUAAACGACUACUCGCGACACCCGGAUUUCGUGCCACUGCUUGCUGGUGACAACGACAAUGAGAAGGCCGACAAGGUGCUAGAGUAUGUUCGCCGAGCUAAGUGG